ACUAAUCUUUUUCUCGUUAGGUAGCGUAGUGAACGUAGGUGAGACUUUGUGAGAUUCGGCGUAAGGUGCCGAAUUGCGUCUCAAUAGUUAUCCCAAUAGGCCUUAAUUUUUAUUAUAACAUAGUCUUCCUGAUACAUACGUGACAAAAAGAAAAGAAAAUGUGGAAGAUUAUAACUCGUGGCAUCCGAGAAACGUUUGAACGACGUGCCUGUCGCACGAACGUGUAUUCACAACCAUCGCAAGACAACGCAAAGAACGAAGUCAAAACAAAUGUAACAUGCCAACAAAGCUGUCUUGCUCCGAUUUACCUUGGUUGGAACAAAGGUUUUUGUGGAUCCGCAAAGAGUGCCGAUGCUAAAGACAAAGAGCGCGAUUAUAAAUGGGAUACCAGACACAGUUGGCCAGAAGCCAUCGGCUGGUCCAGUAUAUUGGCUGUUGGAUGGGUUGUGUGCCAGUCGCUUUGUCUUCAGAAAAGAGUCUUUGAUUCAGAUAAGAAUGACAGAAAGAGGAAAUUAUAUUAUACUGGAGUGAACAACUUGCUCACUCAGAUAAAAACUUUGCAAUUCAAGUCAAGUGUUGCAAAUAUCUUACCAGUUACCAAAUGUGUGAAUAAUAGCAACAAUAGCAACUUACAAAAUUCACACUCGCAAUGGCAUACAGAGAGGCCAUUUGGUCCUCUUACUAUGGAAGAGGCACUCAAAGAAGCAACCGAUGAAUUUAAAAACAUCCAUAAAAUAGUCUUAGGAGAAUAUGAAUUUCGUUACGGUAUAAAAGCUUUGGAAGAGAAACGUUAUAAAGAUGCUUGGACGCAUUUUUCACGAGGCGCCAAAUUAUCAUCUCCUGGCAGUAUGUUCAAUUUAGCUCUGUGUUAUGAAUUAGGUAUUGGAACAUUAGCAGAUCUAGAGAAGGCCGCAAAAUAUUACAAUGAUGCCGCGGAUUACGAUCAUGCAGAGGCAUUGUAUAAUUUGGGAGUUUACCACGCUCAAGGAAAGGGCGGCUUACCGGUCGAUAUUGAUACCGCGCGCACCUGUUUCACCAGGGCGGCAAAGUUGGGUCAGGUGCAAGCGCAACGCGCGCUCGAUCUAGAAAAAGCUAAUAUUAAAUCGAAGGAUACUAAAAGCAUCUCCACUAAGUCAAUAAUUUCCUUGAGAAAUGUAGAAAUAAAUGAGAUGAGCGACAUGCACGAAAAAUUAAUCGAUAAGAUGACGAACUUCAUUGCGAAGUCCGAUGCACCGGAAUAUAACGAAGAGAUAGCUCGAGACUCCGCUCGCGUACUUAUGGAUAUCCUUGGUUUAAAGGAACCUCAGCCAGCUAUUGUGACAUAUUAAUUGCCAUGUUAAACAUUGGAUCUCGUUUAUUGAAUUAAAAUACUUUUAUGUAGUUAUAUACAUAUAAUACCGCAGUACAAAAUCGUACUAUGUAGAUGCAGGCAAUCGAGUAUCUAAUUUCUACGUAAUAUUAUUCUGUGCAGUUAUUACCUCAAAACGUAUCGCGUUACGUGUGCAUAGUAUUUUUACAAGAAUUUACGCGAUACGUCUAGUAGCGAUAUCGACGCAAAUGGCAAUAUAUAUUGCUCAAUUUAUAACGUACGUGUUAUAAGUUGAAAUUCUGCUCUAAAUCAUGCACUCGUUUCUAUAACACUAUUUUCACUACGUUUAAGAACGAGUAUACUUAUUAGUAUUCAAUAUAUCAAUAUAUAUCUAUAUAUAUAUAUAUAUAUAUAUAUAUAUAUAUAUAUAUAUAUGUGUGUGUGUGUGUGUGUGUGUGUGUGUGUGUGUAUGUAUGUGCGCGUUAUAAAUGCAUAUUUAAUUUUUAUUAUUAUAUUGUACAUUAUUGUAAGAAGGUAUAACAAAUAUCUAAUUUUUAUACAAGGGAAGCAAUCCUCUUGUAUGUAAUGCCACUCGACUAGGAGUUGAGUCGAAACUUUGACUGUGAUGCACAUUUGAACGUAUUAUAUCUGAGGAAAUGCGCGAUUACGUUAUUUUAAUUGAGAAAUACGAACAUUGAAUGUUCUAGUAAACUUGAAAGUGUCUCUUAUAUUGUAUAAUUAAAAAUUUUUAUUUUAUAUACGUACAUAAUCGGUUCUCUUACAUCGAAAAUUCAUUUUAUGAAAUAAAGAUUUUGUCAGUACGUGCAUAUCAACUUGGUAUGUAUACUUUAGGUUAUAUGAUACAUGGUACAAAAAAUAUAAAAUUUUUAUAAUC